AUGUCGGCCGAUGCCCUUCCAAUCUCCCCUGGCGCCUUUGCAGAAGCUCUCAAAGACCUUCCCAUGUCCACUCUGCACCUCAAAGCCGCCGAGCUGCGCAAUUCCAUCGCACAUCUCGAUUAUUCCAAUGAGCAACUAAAGCCCUUUGCGGAAGGAAGAGCUCCUGAAUGUGUGGAUGGGAAAGUGGAUGAAGAUUGUGUCGAUGCGAUUCGCGAAAACGAAGUCGUAAUAACCCGUAUGGAGACUCGAAUCUCUCUCCUCCGCACCGAAAUUGAGAGUAGAGGUGGAGUUUGGGGUGAAUAUGAAGCCGGUGCCGAGUCCAAACCAGAAGCCGAUAUAGCUACCCCUGCGCCUGCGACAAAUGGAACAGCCCCUGCUGGUGAAGAAAGUAGGAGUAAUCCCUGGGCUGAUGGAACAUUUACUACUGGAAGGAUUGUAGGUGGUGAGGUUGUAAUGGAUCCAACACCAGCAGCUGCAACGGCACCAACGAAUGGCCAGUCAAGAUCUAAUGGAGUCUCGAGCACGAAUGGAACCACAACCACAACUACAAACACGGGAGGUACAUUGGAUGACGAAACAUUACGUCGAGCGAUGGAAUUACGUAUGCGAGCAGAUGCUGGUGCGGAUGAGGAUGAUGAGGGUAUGCAUCUAUAG